ACCACGUGUCCUCGCUCCCUCCCGAGGGGCCGCGCUGGGGCGGCGGGAGCGGUGGAGACGAUGGCGCGGUGAAUGCCGGGCCACAGCCUUCGUCGCCCUUUGCGGCGACGCCGCCCGCUCGGCCGGGAAACAUUGAAGAAGCUGACUCUGAACUCCGGGAAGAUCCUUGCUUGGGAAGUCCCGGGAAAUGGAGCUCACAGAUGCACACUCUCUGCAUACCCAGCAGCUGCCCGCAGUCUCUUCUGGGGAACCUCUUUGUACCAGCCUGAGGAGGCUUCGAAUAGAGAGGAUUUGCGACCCAGAGGCGAGGAGAAGUCCAGCCAGGUUUGGGUUGGCCUCUGCCACCCAGGCACGCCCCUCUCUGCAUCAUGGACUUGGCUUUGGGAGGUCCUUUGAGGCAGAAAAACUGUUAAGUUUCUGAAGUAGCUUGUGGACAGCGCCUAUGAAUCUGGAAAACCCAGAAAUGGAGUCCCGGGCCUACCCUCUGAAUUUGACCCUGAAAGAAGAGCAAAAGGAGGAAGAGGUUGAGAUCCAAGAGUUGGAGGAUGGCCCCAUAGAUAUGCAGAAAGUACAAAUCUGCUCAGAAGGCGCAUGGGUACCAGCUCUAUUUGAUGAGGUGGCCAUAUAUUUCUCAGAUGAGGAGUGGGAAGUUCUGACAGAGCAACAAAAAGCCCUCUACCGGGAAGUCAUGAGGAUGAAUUAUGAGACUGUCCUGUCCCUGGAAUUCCCAUUCCCCAAGCCAGAUAUGAUCAAUCGGUUGGAAAGGGACGAGGAGUGUCCUAAUUCUGAUGAGUGGCGGCUCCAGGGAGUAACCUUUGCAGAAAAUGAAGAAUCUGACUUUAGGACUCCAGAUUGGGCAAGCCCGACGAAUGCCACCUCCCAUUUUCCUCAACCUCAGCCCUUCAACAGCUUUGGCCUGCGUCUGCCUCAGGACAUCACUGAACUGCCUGAGUGGACUGAGGGCUACCCCUUCUAUAUGGCCAUGGGCUUCCCCGGGUAUGACCUCUCAGCUGACGACUUGGCGAGCAAGUUUCAGUUCAGUCGUGGCAUGCGCCGCAGUUAUGAUGCAGGGUUCAAGCUGAUGGUGGUGGAGUACGCCGAGAGCACCAACAACUGUCAGGCUGCCAAGCAGUUUGGGGUGUUGGAAAAAAAUGUUCGAGACUGGCGCAAAGUGAAGCCACAGCUCCAAAAUGCUCAUGCCAUGCGGCGGGCAUUCCGAGGCCCCAAGAAUGGAAGGUUUGCUCUGGUAGACCAGCGAGUGGCUGAGUAUGUCAGAUACAUGCAGGCCAAAGGGGACCCUAUCACUAGGGAGGCAAUGCAGUUGAAAGCUCUUGAAAUCGCCCAGGAAAUGAACAUUCCAGAGAAAGGGUUCAAGGCAAGUCUGGGCUGGUGUCGAAGAAUGAUGAGAAGGUAUGACCUGUCUCUGAGGCAUAAAGUGCCAGUCCCUCAACACCUGGCCGAGGACCUGACUGAAAAGCUUGUCACUUACCAGCAGAGUGUGCUGGCUCUGCGCAGGACACACGACUAUGAAGUGGCCCAGAUGGGCAAUGCAGACGAGACGCCCAUCUGCUUAGAAGUCCCCUCUAGAGUGACUGUUGACAACCAGGGCGAAAAGCCCAUCUUGGUCAAGACACCAGGCAGGGAGAAAUUGAGGAUCACAGCCAUGCUGGGGGUCUUGGCUGAUGGGAGGAAGUUACCACCGUACAUCAUUUUGAGGGGAACAUACAUCCCCCCUGGGAAGUUUCCCAGUGGCAUGGAGAUCCGCUGCCACCGCUACGGAUGGAUGACUGAGGACUUGAUGCAAGACUGGUUGGAAGUUGUGUGGAGACGGAGAACUGGAGCUGUGCCCAGACAGCGAGGGAUGCUGAUCCUGAAUGGCUUCCGGUGCCAUGCCACUGACUCUGUGAAGAGUUCCAUGGAGAACAUGAACACGGACAUGGUGAUCAUCCCAGGGGGCCUGACCUCCCAGCUGCAGGUGCUGGAUGUCGUUGUCUACAAGCCUCUGAACGACAGCGUUCGGGCCCAGUAUUCCAACUGGCUUCUGGCUGGGAACCUGGCACUCAGCCCCACUGGAAAUGCUAAGAAGCCCCCCCUGGGCCUCUUCCUGGAGUGGAUCAUGGUUGCAUGGAACAGCAUCUCAAGUGAAUCAAUUGUCCAGGGGUUCAGAAAGUGCCACAUCUCCAGCAACUUAGAGGACGAAGGUGACGUCCUCUGGGAAAUCGAGGGCGAGUUGCCCAAAGAACCGCCAAAAGAAUGUGGUCCUGAAAGUGUGGCUGAGGGUGACUGAGAGGACUCAGGUAAACUGGUCAGUCAAAGAUCCUGCACCAUCACUGGUGCCCUGCUCAUGGCUAGCACUUACCGUUUUUCUGGCCCUGAGUUUGUUCUUUUCACGUUCUCUUGAAAUAAGCCUGCCGUGCCACAGUGUAGACGGCAGGCAGGUCAUCAGCACUUUCUCCAUCAGAAACAGAUUUGUAUUGUGUUUUAUGGCCUGGAUCCAGGAGUACUUUUAUAAUGGGUAAGAUGAACAAGGAGCUGUCUGUCAGAACACCUCACAUGAGAGCAGUCCCACUGCCAAGUUUCUUAGGCCUCUAGAACAUAGUUCGACAUUGUUUAGUUCACAAAAAGGUUGAAGAGACAACUUUCUUCUAAAAUGCUGAACUUCAGGGCAGGGCUGUCUGCUCACAUUACUUAACAUAGUUGCACUGCCUUUUGCUGAUCUGCAGGACCCUGGCCCAGGGAGAGAAUGAAGUCAGCCUUUAGUAUGGUAACCUCUAGGCCUCAUCUCUGUGUCCUAGGGAGAUUAUUACCUCCAUGCCCACCAGGGAGAUGAUAAUAUGUAUUGUUUGUUUUGUCUAGGGAAUAUUGAGAGUUUAAAAUCUUGGUCUCAUAGAAAUUCAGUUAUGGGGUGAGACGUUACAGUCAAUUCCUGUUGCCAGCAGGUAUCUGAAGGAAGAUGUCUUUAAAUUGGAACUUUGAAGGGCUGCAGAGCUGGCUUAGCAGUUAAGAGCAUGCUAUUCUUGCAGUUUGGUUCCCAGCACCCACAUCCUGCAGCUUGACACCUGUAGCUCCGGUUUCAGGAGUCCAAUGACCUCUUAGCCUCCUUUGACAUCUGCAGUUACAUGCACAGUUACACACACACACACACACACACACACACACACACACACGUGUGUGUGACUAAAAGAAGCCUUGGGCUAGAGAGAUGGCUCAGCAGUUAGGAGUGCUUACCUUUCAUCCUUGCAGAGGACUGGCAUUUAGUUUCCAGCACCUGUAUAACAGCUCACAACCAGCUGUACCUCCAGUUCCAGGGCAUCUUAUGACCUCUUCUGGCCUCUGCCAGGUCCUGCAUACAUAUGAUGCAGGCUCACACAUAUACACAUAAAAUUAAAUCUUUCUUAUGAAAUGAAUCUGCACCAGAAAUAGUACAAUGAAUACAGUUCGCGAGCCUAAGGUCAUCAAGUGUACAUGUAGGGAGUUGAGGAGGUGUGCAGAAGAAGAGCAACUUUGGAAAAAAGCAGGCGAUCAGAGCCCACACUAGCAAAGGCCCAGAGCCCCUAAACACAAACUUUGAGCAAACAGGAGAAGGACCAGAGUAAGGGGCACAUGGAAGGCAAACAGCAGGAAAAUGGUCAGUUCUUUAAUAGAAAACCUAAAAUUAACAUAGCUUUCCUUUAUAAAAGAAAAAGUCAAUUAGUGUACAUUUUACUUGUCCCCCUAAGCCCACCGUGCAAGUGAAAUGCUAGUAGAAAUCCCCAUGCCCCUGAGCUGUGUAAGCGCAGGCUCCUCGGUGGCGUGCACCACCUUCCUGUCUGAGCCCUAGGCUUCGGGGAUAGUUCUCCACAUGCCCCUACUCUCUGUAAAGCCUUGGAUUCAGGCUCCCUUUCUGCUGACCACUCCGCUGCCCCUGUUGGAUAGCAGACUUUGAGUUGGAGUUGUUUUAUCCUUUCACAUUCUUGCUUUUCAUUUUUCACCUAAGUUAGAAAACAUUUCAAUUUCCUAAGCAAUUUACCACUCCAGGAACCCAGUCAAAAACUGCCAGAAAAGGAAAAAGCAGAAAACCAUGCUAAGCCACAGCUGUGCACAUGGGUACAUGCCACGUCUGCUCUUCCAGUUGUUAGGAUCUUUGUACAGCUUCUGGGGGAAGUGAUGGAGACAGACAUGAACAAGAUUCGGAAGACACAGGCAUUAAACCACCUCCUGUUACAGAAUAGUAUACUGCUUUGUUAAAGACAUCCAGACUGAUUCCUACUCAGGUUCUCUCUGUUUUCCAGAAAAUGGAACUGUGAUGGAAACAGUUGGGAGGAAAACUUGUAAGAGGAUGGCUGCAGAGGGACCAAAAUGGGCAAUGAGGCUCUCUGAGAAUCCUAGGGGUGGACAGCAUGAAUACCUUAUCAGACAGUCCCAUCUACCACGUCCUGUCAGUGUCCGCCAAGUCUAGGACCCUUAUGGUCAGUGACAAGAAAAGGAACUUGGUGGCCUGCUUCUUCCUUCGGAGCUGUCUCCAUCUGCCCAGAUAGAAGCCUAUAAACCCAAUCGAGCAAAGGUGUUUUCUGGAGAACACGUUCUCACACCGAGUGUGAGUGAGUGUGUGUGUACCUUCACAGGUGCUUCAGUAGGAGCUGUUUCCACACAGGCCGAGACUACAGGAAAGCUUUUGUAAAGGCGUGUCACACGUGUACUCCUGCUACUUCCAUGUCUCCUCACUGAGGGAAUGAGAUGUUAAUAACCAAGUGGGACACAGGCUUGGUGCAGAAGAUGGAUUUUCUGUAGGUAAACUAGGUUAGGAUGCAAGAUAAAGACUAAGAUAAAUGAUGUUGCAGAUACCUUUCCAAUCUGGCAGCUAGACCUUUCUAGGGUCUUAUUUAAUGAGCCAAUUUUUUCUGUUGUCCUCUAUGAGGCAGCCCUUGGUGCACAAGCCUUUGCUUUUCAGGCUGCCUGCAGAAGACUAAGUUCUCUCCCGUCUACACAGAACAGGGCCCACUGACUUGGUUAAUUUCUUUAAUAUUUUUGUCAAAAGGGCAAUGGGAGGGUUUGGGCCGUAAGCCACAGCUGCUGUUAGACUCCAACCAUACAAGAGUAGGUAUGAGUCACUGACAACUUCUACAGUAGUAAUUUGCAUUCCCAUGUAAGUCAGCAGCUAAGAAAAACAUUCCUUCAAAGCUAUAUGUUGUACAAAAAUUCUACCAGAACCUCAUAGGCAAAGCCAUUGCUAGCUCUGUCAUUCCGAAUACUCAGUCUAGCCACCAGGUUGCUGUGAUCACAGUUCCUUCCUCUACUCGGCUCCUGUGGAUUCUCAACGCUGUUCUCAGCAUCUUCCCCAGUUUCUACUCAGGUUCUCCUGCUCCUGUUUGUCCUUCACAUUUCUCGCUGUGUAACCAGUCAUAAACCUGCGCAGUCUGUCAGAGUUCCACACACAUGACCGUGAUUUCUCACUGUGUAACCAGUCAUAAACCUGCGCAGUCUGUCAGAGUUCCACACACAUGACCGUGACUCCUGAGAACUCUGUGUACUGACACUGUUCCUCUUAGCUUUCUCUGUACCGUCUCGUCAUCCCCGAGUGCCAUCUAAUUAAACCCUGUUCCUCUCCACGUUCUCAUCAGGUUUGGGGUUUGUUUUCUUCCUUUGGCUGUCCUAUUUCCAGACUCUUAUUUUUCUUGCUUGAGAGCUUAAAAAAUAUUAUGUUUAGGUUUCCACACAAAAGACAGUUAUCUUAAGAGUAGAAAAUAAGCCGGGCAGUGGUGGCGCACGCCUUUAAUCCCAGCACUUGGGAGACAUAUCUCUGAGUUCGAGGACAGCCAGGGCUACACAGAGAAACCCUGUCUCGGAAAAAAAAGAAAAAAAAUAGAGUAGAAAAUGGGUUUAACCCUUUUCAUCCCAUACCAUCACUAUCAGCUAAGAUGCCUUACAGGCUAUGUAGCACUGGAACUUUCUAGAGUAAUGGUUCUGCUGUCCGGGUCUUCUGGGCACAUUCUUCCACCGACUUAAGAUGAUCUAUGCCUAACAGAGCCCCAGUACAACUAUUGAGCAGAAUAGCUGUUUCCUGAGAAUUACCAUAGCUCACUGGGACUGGCACUCCCUAGAUAGAAACUGAUCCCAGUAAUAAACUUUGAUAACAAAGACAAUAGGCUCUGGUGAUUUUAUUUAUUGCUGGUGUUAUCCAAAGUUUAAAAGCUAUUGCCUCUGCAUCACACCGUUGAAGCAGUCUCCUGGCAUGUACUCUAAGUGGUGCAAGCAUUUGUUUAAAAGAAGGAAAUGUGGGGUUUUAAACUAGCUCUUAAAAGUUGGAGAGGUUUAGAUAGGUUUCUUCUGUAAGUCAUGUCUUAGCAGUGUUACAGUCAGGAUGAAAUACAGAUGAUUCAAUGUGCCAAGUUGUAAUUUUCAUAAAUUUCUCAAGUGAAAGCAUAUUCACAGGCCUCUACUGUGUGCACAGGAGAAGUAUUGGAUUGACUUGCUCACAGUGGGGGAAACAAAGUACUAGAGGGCUACAGUGAAUGACUAAGGUAUGUGCCUGGUAAAGGCAGACCGUUGGUGUGUAGUCACCUGUGGCCAAACACGCUACUAAAAACUUACAGUCAAAAUUAACUUGAGAGUAACUAAUUACACUGUUUCUAACAGCUUGCUUCAAGUACUUAUGUGAUUUUUGACAAUAUGUAUUUAUUAUUUCCUAAUUGUAGGAGAUUGCACAUAGACUCAUGACUAGAUGAGGUAACAGAAAUGGAGCCAGCCUUUGGUGGAAAACAAAAAAUUGAAAUCCUUUUCAGGAACUCUUAAAUAUCUUAAUUCUUAUUAUGUCCCUGCCUUACCUCCAACCCCAUCUGCCCACUUCAGAAAAUCACUUGACAACUGGCAUGGAAGACAGACCCGAGUGUAAACCUAAAACAGGAUAGAUCUGGAGCCUUGUGGUCUGGUCUCACUGGAGAGGGCACUAAGUAUAGACCGGGGCCUAGCACAGUGAACAGCUUCGAACUUAGAGCAUGCUCUGCUACACCUUUUGGAAUUCUCCAUUGCUGGGGGCAGCCAAGACCAGUUGCCACUCCUAACUGCCUCUCUGAAUUCAGGAGAGUAUACAACAUACCCACAUCCUGGGCAGCAAGGGGUUCUUUAUACAGCAGCAGUGUGUAUCCAUCACUCCAAAUCCUUUUAACCUCUAAAUGUUCUUAGUGUCACCCACCUGACACCCUAAAAGGUUUGCUAUUAACUUGUUUGUUUUAACCUUAGGCUACAGACCACUAAAUGAGUACCUUAACAAGAACCUGCCUUUGGCACAUUCUUUUGAAGUUUGAGCUAAGAUCUCAUAUGGCUGGACUUCUGUUUCUAUGGAAGAGAAUAUUCCUUAUCUGCUUAUUUGAAUAAACAGGAAAAGGGUUUCUCCCAAAA